GGGAAGGCCAGCUUGCCCUGGUGGAUGCAGGUAGCCAAAAGAAGAGCUUCACCUUGUCCUUCCAUAACAAAUACAUGGGUCUGUUUAAAAUAAAAAUGUCAUAAACAGCGGCCUUCUCUGGUAAAAGCAAGAAGGGCUUUUGCACUCCGGGACAGAUGGAGGCAGUAGACAUCACAGCUUUCUAUUGAGUGACGAGCUGUUGGCAAAAAGAGGAAGACUUGACCAUAAUAUUUACAAAACCUGCUUGGAAGGGCGAAGACUGUGGCGCGAGGAGUCUUCAUCUCAUACUGGUGACAGAGUUUUUCCAGCAUGCAGGCUGUAGGUGACUUUCUAAGUGUUUUCAACAUUGAGUGCAGCAGAUUAUCUGUGACACUCAGCCUCUUCCUCAUUUUUCUUUGUCUCCUCUACUGGUAUUCAGUCUACCCAUUCUCAGUCCUCUCACGAUAUGGCAUCAAACACCCAAAGCCAAUACCUUUCUUUGGCAACUUAUUCAUGUUUCAACAGGGUUUUUUCAAACCUAUGAAUAAUCUUAUAGAAACACACGGUAGACUUUGUGGGUAUUAUUUGGGCCGCAGACCAGUGGUGGUGAUCGCAGACCCUGAUAUGCUUAGACAGGUGAUGGUGAAGGAUUUCAGUAGCUUCCCUAACAGAAUGGCUUUUCGCUUUGCCACUAAGCCCAUGACUGACUGCCUACUCAUGUUGAGGAAUGAACAGUGGAAGCGAGUGCGGAGCAUCCUGACCCCAUCCUUCAGCGCUGCCAAGUUGAAAGAAAUGGCUCCGCUCAUUAACACAGCCAUCGAUGCCCUGAUGAAGAACUUGAAUGUUUGUGCUGAGUCAAGAGAGGCCUUUGACAUCCACAGAUGCUUUGGCUGCUUUACCAUGGAUGUUAUUGCCAGUGUGGCAUUUGCAACUCAGGUGGACUCACAGAACAACCCAGACGACCCAUUUGUCCACCAUGCUCAGAUGUUCUUCACUUUUUCUUUCUUCCGGCCCAUUUUGUUAUUUUUCAUGGCUUUUCCUUUCAUUAUGGCUUCUUUGUCAAGAUUUAUCCCCAACAAACGACGAGACAAGAUGAAUCAUUUCUUUAUUAACAGCAUUCAGAAGAUCAUCAAACAGCGAGAGGAGCAGCCUCCUGAGCAGAGGCGCAGAGAUUUCCUUCAGCUGAUGUUAGAUGCUCGAACUACCAAGGAGUGUGUGUCUUUGGAGCACUUUGACACGUCAAAUAAUGAUGUUGAGAUCGAUGACGGGAGCCAGCAGACCCAGCCUUCGGUCUCCGGUCAGGAAAACGGCCCUCAUCCACAGGAGCCGUCUGUCAGGCGUCCACAGAAAAAGAUGAUGACUGAGGAUGAGAUUGUGGGUCAGGCUUUCGUCUUCCUCCUGGCAGGCUAUGAAACCAGUAGCAACACACUAGCCUUCACCUGCUACCUCCUGGCCCUCCACUCUGAAUGUCAACUCAAAGUACAGGAAGAGGUGGAUGAUUUCUACACUAGAUAUGAGUCAGCUGAUUACACAAAUGUCCAGGAGUUGAAGUAUUUGGACAUGGUUAUAUGUGAAGCAUUACGCCUCUACCCUCCUGGAUUCAGGUUUGCACGAGAGGUAGACCAUGACUGCGUGGUGAACGGCCAGUUCCUGCCUAAAGGAAUAACGCUGGAGAUUCCUGCAGGGUUCCUCCAUUAUGACCCGGAGCACUGGCCAGAGCCUGAGAAGUUCAUCCCUGAGAGGUUUACACCAGAGGCUAAGGCCAGUCGACAUCCAUUUGUAUACCUACCAUUUGGGGCUGGCCCCCGUAACUGUGUAGGAAUGAGGCUCGCCCAGCUUGAAAUCAAAAUGGCUUUAGUGCGUCUGUUCCACAGUUUCAGCAUCGUGGCCUGCUCUGAGACGAAGGUUCCUCUUGAGUUGAAGUCAUCAAGCACUCUUGGACCUAAAAAUGGUGUUUUUGUGAAAAUCACGAGAAGGGACCAAAGAGGUGGUCUGUCGAAUUCUCCGUCAGAUUAAACACUGUCAGUGUCUCAGUGCUUCAAGCCUUUCCUUUUGAUUUAUAUCAAAAUAUUUCCAUAGUUAAUGAAACUCAGCACACUCAGUCAUUCAGCUCAUUGAGUGAAUGAUAAUGUUGCUGCACUAAUGAUAAACACUAGGGCACAAAAGUACUGUUGAUCCAAGUGCUCUUUACCUGUCUUUCUCUUUUGGAUACAGUUUAGAUCCUUCUGAACUCCCUGCUGAUGGGUUCACUGUGUGGGUUAUUGUGGUGAAUAUAAUUAUUAUGAUAUUGGAAUAUCAAUUAUCAGCGUGCUACAACACAGCUUUGGAUGGCACUUCUCAGUGACACAGAAUUCCUCUGUAAAUGAGUCAAAUUUAUAAAAGAAAGGUGCAAUUUCGGUAAAAAGGUUGUGUUUAGUGUUACUGAUAAAAUCUGAAUAUACUGAAAUCUUUGAUGGAACAGGAAGUGGUCAUGAAUAUGCACCACCAGAGCUGCUAUUUGAGGGUCAAACACGUGGUUUUGUAAAAGGAAAGAAAAUCCUCACUGUUUUCUUGUUCCCGGUGAUCUCUGUCACUGUUUAUUACGUGUCAGAACAGGAAACUCUUUGUUACUGAGCCGUCUCACCGCGUAUUAAAUCUGUGAGGCAAAGCAUUAGAAGCCUUUCAUUACCUCUCUUGAUGAGCUCAUUCUUUAUUCUUAAAGUAGAUUAUUUGCACCUUAUUGGAGCAUAAUAAUUUCCUAUAUCCAUAUCCAAUGUGUCCUAGUUUGAUUUUUAGCCAGCACUUGGGAGAUGCUUGAGAAAUGCAGUGCUGCUAUUUGUGUGUAUAAUAAAAGCGAUUUACUCAUGAUUUAUUUGAAUGUUACUAAAAAAUGUAUAAAACAUAAUUUAGUGACUGGGACGGUUUCAGUGAUUUACAUUUAAAAUGGGAGAAAUGCCACAUAAAAAUGUUAUUUGACCAUAAUUUCUUUUUUUUGAUGCACAUACAUAA